AGACGUCAAAUGAAAAGGCCCAUACUUCGCGUGUUAUGAAACUGUUCGGAAUCGUGCUCAAAACGGAUAAAAUUUCUUUAAUUCAGUGCAAUGUUUUUCAUAAAAAUCAUAACAGCACGUUCAGUGUUUCGAUUACAAUGUGCUCGACCAAGAUUCUUGAGCAGCCAGGCUAAUAUCAGUGAAAAAACUAUCGAUCUCUAUCGGCAACAGUACGCGCGCGAUUCUUGGACCAACAUCACCCCGAAGAUUAUUUCCCACCUGGAUAGGAAUCUGCAUCUGAAGCAAAACCAUCCACUGUCGAUUAUCCGUAAAAAGAUCGUCAACUACUUCUACGGCGCCUAUUUGAAUCCGCGUGGGAAUCCGCUGUUCAGUGUGUAUGACAACCUCAGUCCGGUGGUGUCAAUCGAGCAGAAUUUCGACAAUUUGCUGAUUCCGAAGGAUCACCCUAGCCGGGCAAAAAGUGAUUGCUACUACAUCAACAAGGAUUACCUUUUGCGUGCUCAUACUACAGCUCAUCAAGUCGAGCUCAUUCAGGCAGGUUUGGACAACUUUCUGGUGGUAGGUGAUGUCUACCGACGGGAUGAAAUUGACGCCACUCACUAUCCAGUGUUUCACCAACUGGACGCCGUCAGGAUCAUCCAUCAAGAUAAGUUAUUCGAGCGAACGCCAGAGCUCAAAGUUUUCGAAACGUCAUACAAAACGCACCUAAGCAAAGACACAAGCACAAUUUCCGAGUGCAUUGAUCAACAGAAACAACCCUGCCAUACUUUGGAGGCGGUUAAACUUUGCGAACACGAGAUGAAACGAGUGCUUCUGGGAAUGGUCAAAGAGCUGUUCGGUGACAAAAUCAAGUAUCGGUGGGUUGAGACAACUUUCCCCUUUACGCAGCCCUCGUGGGAGCUGGAAAUAUUCUUCAAUGGAAACUGGUUGGAAAUACUCGGCUGUGGUAUUACAAGAAACGAAAUCCUGGACCGUGCUGGUGUUGAUAACUCGAUUGCUUAUGCUUUCGGUGUUGGCUUGGAACGGUUGGCGAUGGUGCUUUUCGACAUCCCGGAUAUUAGGCUAUUUUGGAGUACGGACAGUGGCUUUUUGAAUCAGUUCAAAGACGACAAGAUCGUCAAAUACAAACCGGUUUCGGUGCAUCCUCAGUGUACAAACGAUAUUUCGUUCUGGUUACCGCAGGAGUUGUCUCUGGAAACGUUCUCCGUCAACGAUUUCUACGACCUGGUGCGGACAUUCGGAGGCGAUAUGGUGGAACAGGUAACACUAAUCGACAAGUUCACCCAUCCGAAAACAGGUAAGUCUAGUCUUUGUUUCCGUAUCGUUUACCGGCACAUGGAACGAACGCUCACGCAAGCCGAAGUCAACUUGGUACACGCCAAAAUAGGCUCAGAGCUAAUUAAGGAAUUCAAUGUUGUUAUACGAUAAGCGUUGCACUGUUAGAAUUUAUAGUUGUCACACAUUUCGGCUGGAAAAUAUAGCAUUCUAGGAUAUA